GAGAAGAAGAAGAACAGGAGAGAACAAGAAGAAGAAGAAGAAGAAGAAAUUAAUAAAAAUAAAGAAGAAGAAAAAAAAGAGGAAGCAGGAAGGAGCUGACGAUGAGAGUUUGUCACCUUCUCGAACAUUCUGAAGAAGAGGAAUAAACUGUUAAUAUUUCACUCUUUGGACAUUUGAACAUUUUUCAUCUUGUUGUUGCUCUCCGAGUCACGCAGGGAGGUGCUGAUGGGCAGCCUGGCUGUUUGGGUGGCGGUCCUGGCCGCCUUGUCGGGCUGCUGCCAGGCUGGAGGACACACAAGCCACCUGGAAGCGGAACCAACAAUAACGACGGAGAAGGGGAAGGCGGACACCAGCAUGGAUCAAUCAUCCCCCGACCCUGACGGCGGUGCCUGCCGGAGGACCUACUGCGGCCGCGGUCGCCAGUGCGUCCUGAUGGCGGGCAGUGGGCGGGCCGAGUGCGUCUGCCAGGAACAGUGCCGGCCCUCCUUUGUGCCGGUGUGCGGCUCGGACGGACGCUUCUACGAGAACCACUGCGAGGUUUACAGGAGUGCCUGCCUGGAGAGGAGGCGGAUCUACGUGGUCCACAGCAAGGACUGCUUCUUCAAAGGCAACGCGUGCACCAUGUCAGAGUACAACCGUCUGAAGAGCACGCUGAUGGACAUGAAGACCACGGCCCGCAACGCCGGCGAGUGGAACCAGCAAAGGAACAUGGAUGAGAAGAGGGUGCUGGCGGAGACCAUGUUCAAAUACCUGGACAUGGACCGAGAUGGACGACUGGUCAGCGAGGAGCUAGAGAAGAUCUCCACCAAGGAGCACCUGGACGACGGCGUGCUGCGCUGCACCGUGCAGGACCUGCUGCGCUACGACGACUACAACAACGACGGACUCCUCAGCCUUCACGAGUUCUACACCGCUUUCCAGGUUGUCCAGCUGAGCCUGGCGGAGGACCAGCGGGUCAGCGUCUCCACGGUGACGGUGGGCCUCAGCGCCGUCCUGACCUGCGCCAUCCAGGGGACCCUGCGCCCGCCCGUCAUCUGGAAGAGGAACGGCAUCGUUCUCAACUUCCUGGACCUGGAGGACAUUAAUGACUUCGGGGAUGAUGGCUCGCUGUACAUCACCAAGGUGACAACCAUCCACAUGGGGAACUACAGUUGCCAUGCCUACGGCUACGAGGACCUCCGCCAGACGCACGUGCUGCAGGUCAACGUCCCUCCGGUGAUCCUGGUCUACCCGGAGACGCAGGCCCAGGAGCCCGGCGUGUCUGCCAGCCUGCACUGCCACGCCGACGGCAUCCCGGACCCCAAACUGCAGUGGCUGAAGAACGGCGCCGACCUGCAGCCUCGCUCCUCCAAGCAGCUUUCUCUCCUGGCAAACGGCAGCGAGCUGUUCAUCGGCAGCGUGCGCUACGAGGACACGGGCGCCUACACCUGCAUGGCCAAGAACGAGGUGGGCGUGGACGAGGACAUCUCCUCCUUGUUUGUGGAGGACUCGGCCAAGAAGACGCUUGCCAACAUUCUGUGGAGGGAAGAAGGUUUGAGCGUGGGAAACAUGUUCUACGUGUUUUCCGACGAGGGCGUGACCAUCCUGCAGCCCGGCCAGUGUGAGAUCCACAGACAAAUGAAAAGGACAGAGAGGAUCGUGGCGACAUACGAGGAAAUGUGCCCUAGCGGCGAGGGUGCGGCCCCACCGCACUGCGUGUGGUCGUCGGCGGUCAACGUGCGGGAGAAGUACAUCUACGUGACCCAGCCGCUCCACAGCCGCCUCCUGGUGCUGGACAUUCAGGCGCAGCGGGUGGUGCAGGCAAUAGCCACGGACGCCUUUCCUGUCAAGAUGCUGUACGACAAGUCACAUGACCAGGUGUGGCUGCUGGCUUGGGGGGACAUGGAGAGGACACACCCCACCCUGCAGGUGAUUCCUCAAGCCAGCGUUGGAGAAGUCCAUCACGCCAUGCGCACCACCUUCCAGCGGGUCGACGACAUCUUCAUCCCGCCGACCAACCUCAUCAUCACUCACGUGAGGUUCGCCUUCAUCUUCCUCAAAGACGAGCCCGCCGUCCACAAGGUGGACCUGGAGACCUUCCGCCGGGUGAAGACGAUAAGCUUGAAGAACCACAGCUGCGUCCCGGCCGGCAUGGCGUACACGCACCUGAGCGGCGUCUACUUCGUCCAGUGCCAGACCAGAGGACGCCCGCGGGCUCCGCCCCUGCUCCUCAUCGACAGCGUGACGGACGCGGUCAUCGGGCCCAACGUCGGCGGCGGCCGCCGCGCCUUCGUGUCGCCGGACGGCCGCUACAUCGUGACGUCCGACCCCGGCGGCGCCAAGCUGAGAGUACAGACGGUGUCUUUCCAGGGAGAGAUGAGUCUGAAACUGGAAGUGGACGACCCCGUUGCCGUGUCGGACCUCAUUUUCCAGCCGUCCUUCGCCGAGUCCAACAGAUACGUGGCGGUGGCGUCCUCGGACUCCACCACAGACCUCCUGUUCGCCGAUCUAUCCUCGGGUCACGCCGAGGUCCUCCGGGGCCUCAAGGAGCCCCUAGACCCUCAGACCUGGCCCUGGGGGGGUCCUCACAGGGUGGUGGUCUCCAGCGGCUUGUUCGGACAGUACCUCCUCACGCCGUCGGCCCAGUCCCUCUUCAUCCUGAACGGCAAGCAAAGAACGCCGCACUGCGAGGUGUCGGACAUCAAGAGAGGGAACACGGUGGUAUGGGUGGGCGAGGUAUGAGUCCACCGGCUAAAAAGAAAAGGAAAAAACAUCCCCAGGUUUAGGGAUGAUGUUCGAAACCGGUUCUCUCCCGGUUGUUCGAUAAGAAAAGAACCGAUUCCAUGGACUCGAAUCCCUUUUUGAGAACCGGUUCCCGUUAUCGAGGCCACUAUAGUAAAGAAAAAGAGUUGGUUCUUUAUUCGAAUCCCUGGGAACGAAUCCCGUCCCACAGGAAACGCCCUGUGGGACAUCACAGGAAAUGACGUAAUUUCCUGUGAUGUCACACAAGCAGCAAAAAUAAUGGACAGUUUUUCUGUAAAAUCCCACUUAAUAUACUUUGGGUUACAACAGUCAAUAUUUAUUUAUUUUAUUUUUUUAGGGGGGGUAACAGUCAAUAUUUAUUUAUUCAUUUUAUUUUUUUUCUUAUAAAAUAAAAGUGAGCUUUUGUUAAACCAAAUAUUGUGUUUUUUUUCCAUAUACAACAACUUAUCUGGACUCGACAAGAGAAUCGAUAAGGAAUCGGUUCAAUAAGAGGAUUCGAUAAUGGGCUCGAACUCGAUAAUUUCUUAUCAAACAUCAUCCCUACCUAGGUUUGAGUAUUUCCGGAUUCCCGUGGUCGUGGACUCAAGCU